GUCGAGGGGAUGUGUGAACAUGGUGAAUGGGCGAAGAUCCACGCUUGUAUUGUACGUGGUCGGGUUUAUGUCCAGUGUGCUAUUGAGCUCUGCGGGAUACAUAUUCAUUUCAUUGAAAGAAAUCCCAAGUAUUCAUUUUAAAGAACCUGCAAAAACGAGAGAUGGCGAAAGUCACUGGAUUAUUUUGUGUUGCCUUGACAUGCGUUGGACUGGCCACAUCCGCAUCAGCAGCGAAGAUCAUGCUCGCCAUGACUAUGGUCAUGAACACCGUUAGUCAGCACAUUCUGUUUUCAGCUGUCACGGAACCCCUGGUCGAACGAGGGCAUGAAGUCAUUCUCCUGGCACCCCAGCAUAAGGUCACCAAGGGUCUCACCGAGGGAGCUGUCACCGGGAAGAUCUUCUUUAAGACAACCAGAACAAAGGAAGAGAUGGAUGAGAUAGCUUCAAACCUCCAAUCGAUCUCUCUUGGUUUUAGUCAGGAAUCCUUUGUGGAAAUCCUCGGCAGGAUAAGCAAGAUCUUCCCCAUGACCAAAGAGGGUUGCUUCCGACUUUUCGAAGACAAGGAGACUUUAAAUCGCCUCAAGGAGGAACAGUUUGAUCUGAUCAUCACUUUACCCAUCUGUGGCUGUGAUGCCUUGCUUGCGGAAUACCUUGGCAUACCUUUCAUAGUGGUGACUCCUCUCAGAAGGGGGCCCUCUUUUAAUGAAGAUAUCUUCGGCAUCCCCGCUCCAUCCUCCUAUAUUCCUUUCAACGCGAUGACCACCUUCUCCGACCAGAUGACAUUCUCCCAAAGAAUUGCGAAUAUACUUAUCCGUUACGUUACCGAACCGAUACUGAAGUACUUCACUCAGAAGGGGAUCAGUCAAAUACAGAAAGACCACAACAUCAGGCCCGAUCUGACAAUUGAUCAAAUUGUUGGGAAAGCACAGCUUUGGCUUACUCAAGGUGACUGGUCUUUUGAGUUCGCUCAACCAAUCACACCUAACUACAUCACCAUUGGUGGGAUCACUGUCAAACCGGCCAAACCAUUACCAAAGGAAAUGAACGACUUUGUGGAAGGUUCUGGGAAUCAUGGGAUCGUCAUCUUCACUUUGGGUUCUGUCGUCUCAUCAUUAAUGAACGACGAACUCAAUGAAAAUCUGGCCACAGUUUUCAGCGAGCUGCCGCAGAGGGUGCUGUGGAGAUUGAAGGGGACACGCCCACGUAACCUUGGAAACAACACGCUUGUUUCGGACUGGCUACCACAGAAUGACCUCCUUGGUCACCCCAAGACAAAGUUGAUGAUCUAUCAUGGAGGAGCCAACGGUAUCAAUGAGAUCGUCACCCAUGGCGUUCCUGUUCUGCUCAUGCCUCUAGCUGGCGACCAGAUGGGUAAUGCAGUCAGGGUGCAGGCCAAAGGAAUGGGGUUCGCUAUCGAUAAGAAUACACUCACUGAAGAAAGCUUCAGAGAGGCAGUUCACGAGAUGCUCAACAACCCAAAGUACACUGCUAAUGCAAAGAAGGCUGCUGCUAUAAUGAAAGAUCAAAUCGUGCCUGUCCGAGACAAGGUCGUCUACUACAUCGAACAUAUCUUGAAAUUUGGGGGUGACCAUCUCAGAACUCGAGCUCUAGAACUCAACUUCAUCCAGCGAGAAUCCAUCGACGUCAUAGCAUUCCUCGCAGCUCUUUUCGUUGUGUUUCUAUUGACAAUACGAUGGAUUCUUUUAAAAUGCUGUGGGCUGUGUUUUUGUCGGCAACAGAAGGAUGCUAGACCCAAAGCAGAUUGAUUCAGCUAUUUGCAACACAAAUAUUUAAUUCAUAAAUUUGAUAAUUGACUGUUCUUACUUUUUACCAAUUUUCAAUUUCGAUAUUUGAUAUGAGUGAAUACUCGUAUAUCAAUAAACCAAUAACAUAUAUUCAA